UCUCAUAAUGAUUCUCAUUGAUGAGAAUCAUUUUUCUCUCCUCCAAUAAUAUAAUUAGCGUCUUCAAUCCCAGGUUAAAAGAUUCCAGGAAGCUUGUUCAAGCUUUCAGCGUAGACAGAAUUUAUUUAGACCACGAUAAACAGGGACUCGUCCCAGAUUACAGGCAUUGGCAAAUUCCUUUGGGCCGUCGUUUCCGUGCGAUGAAGCUUUGGUUCGUACUACGGCUGUACGGAGUGGAGGGUCUUCAAAAGCAUAUAAGGCACACCAUAAAGUUGGCUCAGUUUUUCGAAAGCUACAUAAAAUCUGACAGCAGAUUCGAAAUUGUGACAGACAGUAUGAUGGGCUUGAUUUGUUUUAGAAUGAAGGUAUAUGCAAUUUACGGAAAUAUAA